CAAAAUACCUGAAGCUAGUUUCUCUCAGUCUUGUCUGGAAACCGUGGAUGUGUCUCAGUCUGUAGCUCUUCUUCUGUCAGCAUGCACCUGUUUGGUCUUGUGUUCUGUAUUCUUCUGGAGCUCCUCGUGGUCACCUGUCAAGAUGUAGUGCAGGGCCGAAUAAUUGGUGGAUACAUCCCCACACCUUAUUCCAUCAAGUACAUGGUGUCCAUUCAGAGCGCUACGGGCCAGCACUUCUGCGGAGGAUCCUUAAUAAACAAAUACUGGGUGCUGACAGCAGCACACUGCAAUAUAGGUGCGGCAAACAUGAGAAUCGUGGCUGGAGAUUAUUCGGUGGGUUUAUACGAGGGCACUGAACAGUUUCGCAUACCUCAUCUCUUAAUACCUCAUCCACAGUACAACAGAGACACCAACAACGCAGACAUCAUGCUCAUUAAGUUGCAGUCUCCAGUUUAUCUUAACAGCUUUGUGUCUCUGAUUCCGUUGCCUCGUCUGGAUGCUGUUGUGCCAGUGGGUCGGGUGUGCAGGGUGUCCGGCUGGGGCUUCACCGCCCCGACAGGAGGAAUCCCUUUGACUCUGCGUACGGUCAAGCUACCCAUAGUGUCCACUUCAGUGUGUAACAGCACCGAGUCAUUCAACGGGCUCAUCACAGAUGACAUGAUCUGUGCGGGAUACGGCUCGGGAGGAAAAGAUGCAUGCAAGGGUGAUUCUGGUGGACCUCUGGUGUGUGACGGUCGACUCUAUGGGAUCGUGUCCUGGGGCAAUGGCUGUGGUGACCCCGAGUACCCUGGUGUUUAUACCGCCGUCUCCAAGUUCAGACAGUGGAUCGACAAAACAAUAUUUGGUUUUUAUGGAAGGUGCCUUAAGUAGUAGACUGCAGUGUUAUUCCAGCACUCCUCAAAUCAAACUUGAAACAGCCUUAAAACAUGCCAACUUAAGCUUGUACAUGAAUAUCAACUAUUAGGAACUUUUCAGAUGUUUUACUGUUUGGAUUUAAUUUCAGACCAGAGUUUUUAAAGAGCACAUUUGCUCCCCUCGUAGACCUUUUUUAAAUACUGUAGUUUGUGUAAAUUGUUUUGAAUGUGCCAUAUUGUUAGUAAACAAGCAUAUAGAAUAUGCCCACAAUAAAAACAAACUACAAACAAUUUGAUAUGAUAGUACUUGUAAACAUAGUCUGUUUAACAUUAAAUGAAGAGCAUGAAUAUGUUGGUGAGUUUAUUUAGAUUUUUGUUUUUUUAAUAAACCAGUUGCAUGUUUAAGAAUAAUUGAUCCAAAAUGUUUGUAUAACUUGUAUAGCUUUAAUUUGGAUACAUUUUACUUUACGCAUUGUAAUACAAUGACAUUGUUUAAUUUUGAUUAGUAUGCCCUGUAUAAAUCAAGUCAGAGAUUUUCUACUGCACAGCUUGCAAAUCCUGUUUAUCUUUGCAUCAAAUACAGUGCUUGCAUUUUUGAGGAAUCAAUUCAUUUAAAUAUGGUAUGUGGUAUGAAAAAUUUAUAAGAUGUCUGAAGAAGGC